AAGCGCAUGGGAGUGAAACAGAACAAAAGACAUUGUUUCAAGUUUAACCUUCUUUGUUCUAAAGUUCAAACCUUUUUUUCAAUUUUCACCAAAACAUAGCAAUGUAUUUGAAAGAAGGUUGUUCCUUAUUAUUGAAAACACGCAAAUCUCCAAUCCCAUUUGUUCUAAACACAAACCCAAUUCCAAAUCCUGACAAACCCAACAACCCUGUUCCAGAAUCCUAUGUUGUUGAAUCCCAUGUUAUCAAAGUAUUGAAACAUGAACCUGAUAUUGUUUCAUCACUUGAAUACUUCAAAUCUUUAGUAAAUUCAGGAACUUUCAAACACACCCAACUAACAUACAAAACCAUGAUUGAAAAGCUUGGAAGAAACAAUGAAAUGGAUGGUAUUCAAUAUCUUUUACAACAGAUGAAGCUGGAAAGUGUACCUUGUUCUGAAGAGUUGUUUAUAAUUGUGAUGAAUUCUUAUAGGAGAGCAAAGUUGGGUGAACAAUGUUUGAAAAUGUUUUAUAGGAUUAGGGAAUUUGGGUGUAUACCUAGUGUUAAGAUAUAUAAUCAUGUUUUGGAUGUUUUGCUUAGUGAAAACAUGUUUAAGAUGAUUAAUCCUCUUUAUAAUAACAUGAAAGGUGAAGGGUUGGAACCUAAUGUUUUUACUUAUAAUAUUCUUCUUAAGGCUCUUUGUAAAAAUGGGAAGGUUGAUGGUGCAUGUAAGUUGCUUGUUGAAAUGUCUAAUAAGGGUUGUCCUCCGGAUGAUGUUAGUUAUACUACUAUAAUCUCUUCUAUGUGUAAAUCGGGUGAAGUGGAUAAAGCGAAAGAGCUAGCUUUGAGAUUUGAACCUGUAGUGCCGGUUUAUAAUGCUUUGAUUCAUGGAAUGUGUAGAGAAUAUAGGAUUAAGGAGGCGUUUGAUUUGAUGAAUGAGAUGGUGGAUAAAGGCGUUGACCCGAAUGUUAUUAGUUACUCGACUGUUAUUAGUUGCCUUUCUGAUAUGGGGAACAUUGAUUUGUCCCUUGCGGUUUUUGGACAAAUGUUUGUGAGAGGAUGUGGCCCUAAUGUUCAUACAUUUACAUCUUUGAUAAAAGGUUAUUUUGUGCGGGGGAGACUCGGCGAUGCUCUUGGUUUGUGGAAUCUCAUGAUUCAAGAGGGAGUUUGGCCAAAUGUCAUCUCGUACAACACUCUCAUACAUGGUCUUUGCUCCAAUGGGAAUAUGGAUGAGGUAAUAUCUGUAUGGAAUCAGAUGGAGAAAGAUUUUGUCCGUCCAAACGUGACUACAUAUAGCACUAUCAUAAAUGGUUUUGCGAAAUCAGGGGAUUUGAUUAGUGCUUGUGAAGUAUGGAACAAGAUGAUAAAUUGUGGCUGCCGUCCAAAUGUUGUGGCAUAUACUUGCAUGGUGGAUGUCCUUUGUCGGAUGUCUAUGUUCGAUCAAGCUUUUGAUCUUAUUGAUAGUAUGAUUGCUGAUGGUUGUCCGCCAACUGUUGUUACAUUCAACAACUUUAUCAAGGGCUUAUGUCGUAGCGGAAGAGUAGAAUGGGCGAUGAGUGUGCUUUAUCAGAUGGAGAAAUAUGAAUGUUUACCUAAUAUCAGAACGUAUAAUGAGUUAUUGGAUGGUCUGUUUAAGGUCAAUGCAUUCAGAGAGGCUUGUGGACUUAUAAGGGAGCUGGAAGAAAAAGAGGUGGAAUUGAAUUUAGUCACUUACAACACUAUCAUGUAUGGUUUAUCUUUUCAAGGAAUGAAUCAACAGGUUUUGCAGCUUUUGGGAAAAAUGUUGGUAAAGGGGGUAAAACCAGAUGACAUUACGGUUAAUAUAACUGUUAAUGCAUAUUGUAAGUUGGGGAAGGUUAGAACUGCUAUCCGAGUUUUGGACAAUAUUACUGCUGAGAAGGAGUUUUGUGCAGACAUAAUAACACAUACUAUUGUUUUGUGGGGUAUCUGUAAUUGGUUAGGCACAGAAGAGGCUAUCGUGUAUCUUCAUGAAAUGUUGAAAAAGGGAAUCUUUCCCAAUAUUGCCACUUGGAAUGUGUUAGUUCGAGGCUUCUUUAGUAACUUGGGUCAUAUGGGACCAAUCCGGAUUUUGGAUGAUAUAUUGGGAACUCAAUAAUGUAGUAUACAAUUUCCCAAAAUUGAUUCUCAGCAGCCGAAAAGUGACUGGUGUGGGAAGAUCAUGACCACUGAUAGCGAUUUGUUGUAUUUAUGGUACGGGCUGUCGGUUGUGUACGAAUGGUGGUGAUUCAUCCAACUGCAUGUCUGCGGUGGAUUGAGACCGCAGGCAAUCCAGAUCCGUAAUUUCCAGCUUCUUGGCUUUCAGUUUUGACAAUUUUCAACAGUUUGUAACAGAUUACUACAUUAAAAAUGUCUAUUUGGGAGCAGUGGAACUGUGGAGAAUGAAUGUGGUAGGGGGUGGAAUCUCUGGUAGAAUUACAGAAUUCAAAUUUGGCCCUCUCCAAUACAUGGCUCGUUUUGUAAGUUCCACUCAAAAGAGCAAUAAGAGAAGAUUGAGUGAUGGUAGUUCACUGACAAUAUCAGUUGCAAGUUGUGAAAUGCAAAGGAAAUUGAUUUUUGGAGGGACAAGUGGUUAGGUGAUGAGCCAUUUUGUGAAUUAUUUCUAUAUCUCUAUGCGACAAAAUCUGAUCGAAGAAUGACUAUCGCAGAAUCUGGUUUUUGGCAUUUAGAUAAGUGGGUUUGGGACUGGUCUUGGGCUGGAAAUGUGGGGUUGUGGAAGCUUUGAAAUUGCGGGAUCUGCAGAUAGUGUUGGAUGGAUGGAGCGACUCUGGUAAAGUGUUGAUAGCUGGAGCCAGAUUCCAAAUCAUUUACUGUCAAAUCGUGUUAUAAUUGUUUGCAAGAUAGUGUUAAUUCAUGCACUACUGAACCGGAACUCAGAACAGCCCUUCGCGAACUUUGGAAGACUGCGUGCUAUAAAAAAUCGAUGUGUUUGGUUGGAGGUUAUUGUUUGACAUGACAGAUUGCCUCCGCAUGAUGUGCUAGUGUUCAGAGGCGUGAUUAGUGAUCCUACUAAUAUCAGCUGUGCAAUCUGUCAUGGCUAUCCAGAAUCUGUUACUUGCCUAUGUUUUACCUGCAGACAAAUCUCAAACUUAUGCGCUCAAAUGGUUAGGCGCUGUACAUCAAAGCAACUAUGAAGCGGUCCAUCAUUAUGUUAGCUUUGGAAAAUUGUUGAAAGGAAGGAAAACCAAUAAGAUUAGAUACUUAAUUUUGUUAGCUACAAUUUGGUGUAUUUGGUGUAACAACCCUUUGGAUUGUACAAACACUAUUGCUUUUAAAAAAGAGUUUGUAUUUCUAUUAUAAUUUUAAACUGUUCUAUCACAGACACAGUUUCCUUUUUUCAAGACUAAGGAAGAUAAUAAAUUGAUUCCCUUU